AUGACAGCCAAUCGUACCAUUAUCGAUCGCAUCAAAUCCAUUGUCCUAGAUGACCUUAAAGCCAUCAGUAUUCUCGCUCGAGAUGGCAUUCGCUCAGGGGCAUAUACCUAUCCCUUCCAGGGCAUCAUCUACUUUCUCACCCACCGCUCGCUAUGGAAACCAUUACUGUCCAGCCUCGCUCCGACAGUAACUCUCUCCAUUGCUGUCACAGCAUCUAUGUUCUUUUUCACUUAUAUACCGCAAACUGCCAUUCUAGCUUUUACGAACGGGCCCCUGGCACCCAUCUCUGCUGCUCUGCUCGUCCUAAGUGAAAGUUCCACAAUCAUCAACUUCCUGGCCCGCAGCUUCAUUUCGCGUGACUCGCUGACGGAUAUUUUUGAUGGGACACUACUACUUCGUGGAGAAACAGCGCUGGUAGCGCGAGAGCGGCAGCUGAACAUGUCAAUGGGGGACCCAAUGGCACGGCUGGGACGGAUGCUGCGCAGACCCUUUGUUGGAGGUGGUUUAUCAGUGUGGCUGAGGUCCUUAAUAUACCUACCGUUGAACUUUGUCCCCGUGGUAGGCAGUCUCAUCUACUUCGUUGGACAAGGGAGAAGGGUGGGCAAUUUAUCACAUUUAAGAUACUUUGAGCUAAAGGGCUGGAAUGUGAAGGAAAAGGAAGAUUGGCUCAAGAAGAAUCGUGCCGCAUAUACAAGCUUUGGUGCCGUGGCAUUUUUUCUGGAGAUCAUACCAUUUGCUUCCCUCGCCUUCACGUAUACGAAUACUGUGGGUGCAGCACUGUGGGCGUCGAAUCUAGAAAAUUCGAUGUCCACGGCACCAAAACCUCGAAAUCAGGCGAAGAAGGCAACAUAA